GCGUAAGUGUGUCAGCUCGUGGAGAGCUCUAGGAACAAACACAAAUACAACCAGUCUACCCCUCCAUCGCUUUGACCAUCGUUCACUCAAUCCUCAAACUUGACAAUACCCCAAACCUUUCCCCCUCAUCCCUCUUCUCCGCCCCACCAUGCCCAUCACAAGAAAAACCAUUUAUGCUGCACAGCCUUCUACCCAGCGUGCGAGGCCAACCCAUCUUUCAACAGAUCCCAAUGGUGAACGUCUAGCAUAUGCUUCUGGGAAAUCCGUUUUCCUUCGCUCGAUCGAUGACCCCUCUCUCUCUACCCAAUACACCGGACAUACCAGUACGGCGAAUGUAGCCCGCUUCUCGCCCAGCGGCUAUUACAUUGCAUCGGGUGAUUCUUCGGGCAUGGUGCGAGUUUGGGACGCUGUGGGCCCAGAGAUGAUCACAAAGGGCGAGUUUGGGAUUAUAUCCGGCCCCAUCAACGAUAUUGCCUGGGAUGGGGAGAGCAAGCGUUUGAUUGCUGUCGGGAACGGCAAAGAGCGUUUUGGCCAUUGCAUCACGUUCGAUACAGGAAACUCCGUUGGCGAGAUCCUUGGCCAUUCCUCUACAAUUAAUUCGGUCUCCAUCCGACAAUCACGUCCCUACCGAGCUACUACGGCUUCGGACGACCAUAAUGUUGUCUUCUUUCAUGGGACCCCAUUCAAAUAUAAUAAAACACUUACUAGUCAUCAUUCAAAUUUCGUCCAGGGUGUGGCAUUUUCCCCAGACGGAGAGCACUUCGUCUCCGUGGGCACGGAUCGCAAGAUCAUUUUGUACGAUGGUAAAACGGGGGAGUUCAAGACCGAAAUCGCCUAUGGAGAUGCCACCCAUAGAGGAGGUAUCUACUCAGUCUCUUGGAGUAAGGAUUCAAAGAGAUUUGUUACCGCCUCAGCAGAUCAAACAGUCAAGGUCUGGGACUUGCAGUCCGAGAAGAACUCGCACACAUGGAGGUCUGGGCCAGAGGGAACAAGCAUUCCUGACCACCAAGUUGGUGUCGUCUGGACACCCAGAGCUGACAACACCAUCAUCUCACUGUCGCUAUCGGGGGAUCUAAACUACCUUGACCUGAACUCUGACCGGCCAAAGAGGGUAAUUACUGGGCAUCAAGCAUCUAUCGGCGCAAUGGCCGUCACUGGAGAGACAAAAACCUUGUUCACUGGAGGCGUAGAUGGGAAAACCUGCGGGUGGGAUCUGACCAAAGGAACUGCGGAUUCACUGGAUGGUGCAGGCCACACGAACAGUGUCUGCGGAUUUUCCUCGCAAGACGAAAGAAGAUUGGCUUCGAUCGGACUAGAUGACUUUAUAAGGCUUAUUGAUGUUGGGGCCAAAGUAUUCAUUGGAACAAAUCACCAUUGUGACGCGCAGCCUAAGGGGUUUACUUGGCUAACAUUGAAGGGGGAGCAAUUUCUGGUUACUGCAACAGAAAAAGGAAUCCUUCUGGGUAAGGUUACCACCAAACUCAAAGUCAAUGAGGUACUGCAACAAACCUACACCCCCACCCAUAUAUCUGGCUGUCGAGAUAAGGGUAUUUUUGCCGUUAGUGCUGUAGACCAAACGAUCCACAUAUAUAGCACUUAUGAAGAGGGGCCGGGCGAGCAAAGGAUUAGUGAGGGGAAAGUCCUCAAGGACUUUCAGGCAGCGCCGACAUGUCUUUCCUACUCACCCUCGGGAAAGUAUCUUGCGGUCGGGUUCUCAUCGGGAAAGAUCAUCCUAUACGAUGUGGACGAGGGCUACGCAGUGAAAACUACCCGUUGGUCAUUUCACACGGCUAGGGUGGCGAGUAUCACCUGGAAUGCGGAGGAAACCCACGUCGUCUCGGGGAGUCUUGACACGAAUAUCUACAUCUACAGCGUUGCGACCCCAGGAAAGAAUCAAUCAGUCAAGAAUGCGCAUAUGGGAGGUGUGACUGCCGUUGAUUGGGAGGGAUUCGAUGGAAUUGUCUCGGCUGGGGCGGAUGGAACCAUCAAGAGGUGGGGGGUUAAGCUAGAGUAGAAGGAGUUUCCAACAGUUUCUCCAGCUGGUGAUACCGAGUUGAAAAAAUUCUAGAGCUUCUGCUCAUACCAAUUUCUAUAGCUGUUAAUCUCCUAGGUAAUCAUAUGAGUAGUGGCCCUGGCGCCUCAUUCCUGGA